UCUAGCUGCUUGUGUUUUCAGGCACAAUUUCUUUGGCCCUCAGACUGUUUUUGUACUUUCACAAUGUCUGGUCGAGGAAAACAGGGCGGAAAGGCACGCGCUAAGGCCAAGACUCGCUCUUCGCGAGCCGGUCUUCAGUUCCCCGUGGGUCGAGUGCACCGACUUCUCCGAAAAGGCAAUUAUGCUGAGCGGGUUGGUGCCGGCGCGCCGGUAUACCUGGCAGCAGUGCUGGAGUACUUGACUGCUGAGAUCCUGGAGCUGGCUGGCAACGCGGCCCGCGACAACAAGAAGACCCGUAUCAUCCCACGUCACCUUCAGCUGGCCAUCCGCAACGACGAGGAGCUCAACAAGCUGCUGGGCAAAGUCACCAUCGCUCAGGGUGGUGUCCUGCCCAACAUCCAGGCCGUGCUGCUGCCCAAGAAGACCGAGAGCCACCACAAGGCCAAGGGCAAGUGAAACAGUAGUUUUUAGUCCCCAUUCUGGAAAUCAAAGGCUCUUUUCAGAGCCACCCA